CGUCGAUUAGCCCGAUCUUUUCUGUCGAGGGGCAAUAUUGCGCCGCUUCACUUUCUCGCUAGAUACUUCCUACUGGGUUUUAUUUCUAAUCAGGUCCAAAACCUUUUCUGUGACGACUUCACUUAGUUUUGUUUUAUUUAUUGCUCUUGCAAAAAACGAAUACCCCCGCGCAGUAUAUAUUCACACAACUGAUCGCCUUUUCAACAAAUUUAUUCCUGUGAUACCCCUCUCUUUUACUGUUCCAUAUACGGAACUGUCAGAAAAUAUGGCUUCCAUCGAUCCAAAUGUAUCAACGACUACGUUGCCAUAUACCUGCAACACCUGUCUCGUUGCUUUUCGCGGCAGCGAUGCUCAGCGGGAUCAUAUGCGCAGAGACUGGCAUCUCUAUAACAUGAAGCGCCGCGUCGCGUCUCUGCCCCCAGUAUCCCAGGAAGUUUUCAACGACAAGGUCCUUGCUGCCAAAGCCACAACUAGUGCCGCUGCCGCCAAAGCUUCCUUUGAGAAAACAUGUGCCGCCUGCCAAAAAACAUUCUUCAGCGAGAACUCGUACCAGAACCACGUGAAGAGUUCUAAGCACAAGGCUCGUGAGGCGCAGAUGCUUAGGGAAAGCGCCGAUGACGCAUCGUCUGUUAUGAGUUCUACCUUCUCUUUGGGCGAGCCAGUCAACAAACCUCGUGAGCGUUCGGAAGUGUCGAAAGUUACGGAGAGCCUCAAGAACGCUACUAUCGAAGAGGAUGGCGAAGAUGAGGAAAUGGAAGAGCAGGGCUUCUCGGCCUCUCGUUGUCUUUUCUGUAAUGAGAAAUCCUCAGACAUUCAACAAAAUGCCGAGCACAUGUUCAAGACCCACGGCAUGUUCAUACCAGAAAAGGACUAUCUUGUCGAUUUGGAGGGACUUGUUCACUACCUUUACCGGAAGAUCAAUGAGAACAGUGAAUGUUUGUACUGCCAUGCCGUCCGAAACAACCCUGAGGGUGCUCGUACCCACAUGCGCGACAAGGGUCACUGCAUGAUUGCAUUCGAAAGUCAAGCUGAGCAAGUUGAAAUCGGACAGUACUAUGACUUCCGCAGCACUUACUCAGAUGGCGAGGAUGAGGAUAACUCAAUUAUGGAGGAUGGUGGCGUCAAGGUGGAUGGCGAGGAUGAUGAGGGAUGGGAAACUGAAACUUCCGCAUCCUCUAUGGAUGAUGAGGAGGAUGAGAUCGACGACACGAAGGGACAGGUCUAUGCGACAGAUUUUGAGCUGCAUUUGCCCUCGGGCCGCACCGCAGGUCACCGAUCGCUCGCCAAAUACUACCGCCAGAACUUGCGUAACUACCCUACAGCGGAAGAGCGUGAGGCUCGUCAGCUGGCUAUUGAAAAUGGCGAGAUUGAGGAGGAGGAGCCGAAGAACAGAGGUCGCAACCUCAACCGGGCCGUUAUUAGCCGCGGCAAUGGUGGUAUGGGUAUGAUCGGUGCCACUGACAGCCAGAAGCAGUUUGCUGCUGAGCUUGAACGCAAAGACCGCACUCGUGCCCAGCGACAAGAGAAGCGGUAUACAGCUCGGGUCAACCGGGCUGCUAAUAACCAGAAGCAUUUCAGGGAUCCUCUCCUGCAGUAGAUUCCUGCAUCUGGUUUGUUCGCGUGCAUGUUGGCAUUGUUUGGCAAAAUCAUGGAGUUACGGUUGAAUGACAUGUAGAUACUCAUGGCAAGAUAAAAAGUGAUUAUAAAGAAGAUGAACGAUAUUACUUCUGAUUCCUUCUAUCUUUACUAAAUUAGGCUGUACUGUAUCUUAAGACGGAUAUCCCGAAGGUGCACCAGACAGUAAGAUAAAU